AUGGUUGUUUUUGCUUAUUAUACCAAUCCCCGUCUGUCUGCUCAUUUUCCUUCAGGUCAACCCCAUAAUGCAUCCUCAGGUGGUCGUCUUAAGCCUCAUGCUACUUCUAGCAGAUACUGUAAUUUCUUAAGUGUCGGUGCAGUGGCAGGUCGUUCUGUCGCGCUACCCUGCAGCUACAGCUGUGGAGCAGUCACAUCCACAUGCUGGAAGAGAGGCGGAUGUACUUGGCUGUGCACAAAUAGCAUUGUCUGGACAAAUGGAACCCAUGUCAACUAUUGGAAGAACUCACGCUAUCAGCUAUUGGGGGACCUUUCAAAAAGGAAUGUCUCUUUGACUUUACAAAAUACAGUUGUGUCUGACAGUGGCUUGUACUGUUGCCAUGUUGAGAACAGGGGAUGGUUCAAUGACAUGAGAAUCACCAUAUCAUUGGAGAUUAUACCACCCAGUGUCAUGACUACUCCAAUUGUCACGACUGUUUCAACUGUUAGAAUGAGCACUACUGUUCCAACGGCCACGAGUGUUCCAACGACAAUGACAGUGUCUGCCUUUGCUCCUCCAAUGCCAUUGCCCACGCAAAACCAUGAACCAGGUAAAACAGAUGUGUUUGGGAGCCCAGAGGCCUUCUAAUGAGGAGCUGCAGCUCAUCCAGGGCACUGCAUCAAGGUAGAAGGACAGUCUAGAGUGAGGGGUGUACCUGGGUUUCAUUCAGGGUCUCCUCAGGGUUUGUGAUCCUCCUCAGCUCCCAAGUUAUAAGCAUCUUUUGUACCACUAAGCUUUUUUGGAGAGAGGGGACCCACAGCUUUGUUGUUGUUGUUGUUGUUA